AUGGCCAAAGCAGAGAAAGACCCGGCUACGAUAGCCUUUGCAAAGACGCUUUCUAACGUGCCGUGGUGCGACGACUAUGAGAAGAUGGUCUCGGGCGUCCUAUACGACUGCCUGGCACCCGAGCUCGUCAAUGGGCGAUUCAGAGCAAGGAGGCUCAUGCACAAGUACAAUUCGCACUUCCCAGAUGAUGCCACAGCUGAGUCGCUCGCCGCCGACCGCGAGAAGAUGCUCAAGCAGAUGUUGGGCAAAGUCGGCAAGGCACCCUUCAUCGAGCCUCCCUUGAACAUCGACUACGGCUGCAACAUCACCAUAGGGGAGUCCUUUUACUCCAACUUCAACUUGGUGAUACUGGAUUGCGGCAUGGUCAAGAUUGGGCACCGCGUCAUGUUCGGCCCAUUCGUGUCCAUUUUCGCCGCAACCCACGAGACUGACGUACAAUCACGGCGUGACAUCAUUGAGUAUGCCGGCAACGUGACCAUUGGGGAUGACUGCUGGAUCGGGGGCAACACGACCAUCAUGCCCGGGGUGACGAUCGGAAAGGGAUGCACCAUCGGCGCGGGAAGUGUGGUGACCAGGUCGAUCCCCGACUUUUCCGUCGCCAUUGGUUCCCCGGCCAAGGUUGUCAAGUCUGUAGAACGGGUUCCCGACUUGGCUCCAUCUUCCGAAUGA